AUGGAGAACUUGAAAGACGAUGAUUCCAACGAUUCAUCGGUGGAGUUCGAGCCUAUUACUCAUCGAACACAAACCAUAGAAGAUGAAAGAGAAAUUCAACAGUUGACCCGAAUCGCCUCGAGUAAACUUGGCCACACCAUCUCGGCCCCAGCAGCUAAAGAUGAUCCACGACUGGAUCCAACAAAUCCAGAAUUUGAUCACUAUCGAUGGGCUCAAUCAAUCUUGGGCCAGAUGCACGAGGAAGGAAUAGAGGUUCCUCGACAAGGAGUGGUCUUCAAAGAUCUAUCUAUCAGUGGUUCUGGCUCCGCACUUCAAUAUCAAGAAACUUUGACAUCAGCUUUGACUGUUCCUUUCCGUGCAGCUACACGAGCCUUGUCAGGACAGUCUUCUCCACCUCGUCGGAUUCUCCAGAGCUUCGAUGGUCUCCUACAGAGUGGUGAGCUUCUACUUGUGUUGGGACGCCCCGGCAGUGGCUGUACCACAUUUCUGAAGACCAUCACCGGCCAUUUGGGAGGAUUGACCAUGGACCCAAAGAGCACGAUACACUAUGAAGGAAUUUCCUUUGAAGAUAUGAUCAAAUUCCAUCGUGGCCAGGUAACCUACAACAAAGAGGUCGAUCUCCAUUUUCCCCACCUUACAGUCGGCCAGACACUUUCCUUUGCGGCCCAUGCUCGAGCCCCGCAUAAAAGACUAGAUGAAGUGAGCCGAUCUGAGUACUGCGAAACCCUUGUUCAGGUCGUCAUGUCUGUUUUUGGUCUCUCUCAUACCUACAACACCAAGGUAGGAAGCGAAUUCGUGCGUGGCGUGAGUGGUGGAGAAAGAAAGCGAGUCAGUAUCGCCGAGAUGUUCCUAAGUCGCUGUCGUCUCGGUGCCUGGGACAACAGUACUCGUGGGUUGGAUGCAGCUUCUGCGUUGAAGUUCAUUAGAGCCCAGCGCCUUGCAGCUGAUAUGGGGAACUCCUGUCACGCUAUCGCCGCUUACCAGGCUUCUCAAUCCAUGUACGAUCUGUUCGAUAAAAUUGUGGUUCUUUAUGAGGGACACCAGAUCUACUAUGGACCUCGGGAGCAUGCUGUUGCUUUCUUCGAAACCCAAGGAUGGGUUCGACCAGAGCGUCAGGUUUCAGGCGACUUUUUGACUGCUAUCACCAACCCUAACGAGCGGACCGCACGCGAUGGAAUGGAGGGCAAGGUGCCACGUACUGCAAAGGAAUUCUCUGAAUACUGGAAACAAAGCCCAGAGUACCAAGCCUUGCGCGAGCAAAUCAUCACCUACGAGAAACAAAAUUCCCCAAAUGGCGAAGCUGCCAAGCAUUUACAGAUGAGCCACAAGGAACAGCAGGCAAAGCAUACUCGCACUCGCAGCCCUUACCUUCUCUCUAUUCCCAUGCAAAUUCGUCUCUGUACUCAACGAGCAUACCAACGAAUGCUCAACGAUCUUCCAACCGCACUAUCUCCUCUGGUCGUUCAGCUAGUCCUGUCACUUAUCAUCGGCUCGGUCUUCUACAAUACCCCGGAUACUUCAGCCUACUUCUUUCAAAAGGGCGGAGUGUGUUACUUUGCUGUCCUUAUGAAUGCCCUUCUCACAAUCAACGAAAUUCUUCAACUCUACAGCCAACGCCCGAUAGUGGAAAAACAGGCUGGUUACGCAUUUGUUCACCCCUUUACCGAAGCUCUGGCUAGCAUUAUCAUUGACCUCCCCAUCAAAAUCGUUCGAAUCUCCGUUUUCACUAUUGUGCUAUACUUUAUGGCAAAUCUGCGCCGGGAGCCUGGGCCCUUCUUCAUCUUCUAUCUGUUCCUCAUCGUUGUUGUCUUGACCAUGUCAGGAAUGUUUCGCAGUUUGGGAGCUCUUACCAAGUCUGUCGGACAAGCAAUGGCGAUGGCCGGUGUUUUGGUUCUUUGCAUUGUCGUCUACACUGGGUUCACAUUGCCACAGCCUUACAUGCACCCCUGGUUUUCCUGGAUUCGAUGGAUUAACCCGGUCUACUACACAUUUGAAGCCUUGAUCGCCAAUGAGUUCCACAACAAGAAGUAUGAAUGUUCAUCGCUUAUUCCAUCAUAUGGUAUCGGCACAAACUACAUAUGCUCAGCUGUGGGCUCCAUAGCUGGCCAAAACUAUGUGGACGGCGAUCGGUUCAUCAAUGACAACUAUGAGUACUAUUACUCUCAUUUGUGGAGGAAUUUUGGCAUUCUGAUUGCCUUCUUGAUUUUCUUCAACGGUGUUUACCUGGUAGCAACAGAGUACAUCUCUCGUGACUCAUCCAAGGCUGAGGCCCUAGUGUUUAGACCAGGACAUGCGCCGCAAUACCUUCAAGAGAGUCAAGACUCUGAAACUGGAGAAGCCGAUCUCACUAAGCUCGAAAUCCAAGCGACAAAUGACACCAUUCGCCUACCUGAACAGACUGACGUUUUCUCGUGGAAGUCACUGAACUACGACAUCCCUGUCAAGGAGGGCACUCGGCGACUGCUUGACGACGUGAACGGAUGGGUAAAGCCCGGAACUUUGACUGCGCUCAUGGGUGUCUCUGGUGCUGGAAAGACCACGCUCCUAGAUGUUCUUGCCCAGCGAGUCUCGAUUGGAGUCGUCACUGGAGAUGUUUUUGUUAAUGGAAAAUUGCCAGCGGCCAACUUCCCCCGACGAACCGGUUACGUUCAACAACAAGACCUUCAUAUGAACACUACCACCGUGCGAGAAGCUCUUCGUUUCAGUGCAAUUCUUCGACAACCGAGAACAGUCUCCAAGCAAGAAAAGUAUGAUUACGUGGAACAGGUCAUCAAGGUACUGGGUAUGGAGGAUUUCGCCGAGGCCGUUGUGGGAUCUCUAGGAGAAGGACUCAACGUUGAACAGCGCAAACUGCUCAGUAUUGGAGUCGAACUUGCUGCAAAGCCAACUCUUCUAAUCUUCCUCGAUGAACCCACCAGUGGUUUGGAUUCACAAAGUUCGUGGACGAUCUGUCAAUUCUUGCGACGUCUCGCAGACCAUGGCCAAGCUGUUCUUGCAACCAUUCAUCAGCCUAGCGCCACGCUAUUCCAAACCUUUGACCAUCUUCUUUUCUUGGCCAAGGGAGGCCGAACAGUCUACUUUGGUGAAGUUGGAGAUCAAUCCACUACCCUUCUGAACUACUUUGAGCAGAACGGAGCCCGACCAUGUGAGACCCUCGAGAAUCCCGCCGAGUAUAUUCUUGACAUGGUUGCCGGAGAUGGCUGCCCCGAUGUUGACUGGGUUAAGGCCUGGAAGGAAAGCCCGGAGUGUGUGGCAGUGUUAGAUGAGGUCAACCGUCUUCAUUCCGCGAAAAGUUCGACAGAUGAAGGUUCCAUCCACUCUCAAAAUGAUAGCGAUGACGACAAUGCCGAAUUUGCCAUGCCCAUAUCGACACAACUCUGGGUUGUCCUAGGACGCUGCUUCCAAGGUUACUUCCGCCGACCUGACUACAUCUAUUCGAAGUUCAUUCUUGGUAUUGUCUCUGGUCUGUUCAUCGGUUUCAGUUUCUAUGCUGCGGAUAACUCCGAGCAGGGUUUCCAGAAUGCCCUGUUCAGUAUCUUCUUGCUUUGCACGAUUUUCAACACCUUGGCCAAUGCGAUCAUGCCCAAUGUGGUGGCACAGCGAUCGCUCUAUGAGGUUCGUGAGCGACCGUCCAGAACAUACUCAUGGAAGGUGUUCAUCCUUUCCCAAAUCCUCGUAGAGGUGCCCUGGCAAUUCUGUCUCGGAGUUUGCUCCUGGGCUUCGUUCUACUGGGCAGUCUUCGGCACAGGGCAAUCUUCUCAAUCCACCGUCAUUGUGCUCCUCUUUAUCUGUCAAUUUUUCAUGUACGCAGCGAGUAUGGCCCAGUUUGUGGUCUGUGCUAUUCCCGAGCCUACCCUUGCUGCUAUGAUCGCAACUCUCAUGUUUGGUCUGUCUUUCCUCUUUAAUGGAGUGAUGCAACCACCCAGUGAUUUGCCGCGCUUCUGGAUCUUCAUGUACCGCGUGUCUCCAUUUACCUACUACAUCGGUGGAAUCAGCGGUGCCGCUUUACAUGGUCGUGAGGUGAUCUGUAGCAGCGAUGAGCUCAACGUCUUUGAUCCUCCAGCCAACCAAACCUGUUAUCAGUACAUGUCCAAGUAUCUUGACACUGCUGGUGGAGCAAUCUACAACCCCAACGCUACUUCGAACUGUGAAUACUGCAGUAUGACAUCUGCAGAUGAUUACCUUGCUGGCAGAGAGAUCUACUAUGAUGAUCGCUGGCGGGAUUAUGGCAUCUUCUGGUGCUAUUUCGUUUUCAAUAUCUUUGGUGCGAUCGUCUUGUACUAUUUGUUCCGAGUGAGAACCUCCAAAGCCAAAGUUGCCCGGGGUUAA